AUGAUCGACGGGCGUGAAUGUAUCUCUGUCCAUGUGGGUCAAGCCGGUGUUCAGAUCGGGAAUGCCUGUUGGGAGCUGUACUGUCUGGAGCACGGAAUUCAACCGGAUGGACAGAUGCCCAGCGACAAAACGAUCGGCGGGGGAGAUGAUUCAUUCAAUACGUUCUUUAGUGAGACCGGAGCUGGUAAACACGUUCCCCGUGCGGUGUUCGUAGAUCUGGAACCGACCGUAGUCGACGAGGUUCGCACAGGCACCUACAGACAAUUGUUCCAUCCGGAGCAACUGAUCACUGGCAAAGAGGAUGCUGCAAACAAUUACGCUCGGGGUCAUUAUACAAUUGGUAAAGAGAUUGUAGAUCUCGUGCUGGAUCGCGUCCGUAAAUUGGCUGACCAGUGCACGGGACUGCAAGGAUUUCUCUUAUUCCACUCAUUCGGUGGAGGGACCGGAUCCGGCUUCACUUCACUGCUCAUGGAACGUCUGAGUGUGGACUAUGGGAAGAAAUCGAAGCUGGAGUUCGCCAUCUACCCGGCCCCACAAAUCUCCACCGCUGUGGUUGAGCCGUACAAUUCCAUCUUGACCACACAUACGACUCUGGAACAUUCUGAUUGUGCGUUCAUGGUAGACAAUGAGGCGAUCUACGACAUCUGCCGGCGAAAUCUGGAUAUUGAACGACCGACAUACACAAACUUGAAUCGAUUGAUUGGACAGAUUGUGAGCUCGAUCACUGCCUCGUUGCGAUUCGACGGCGCGUUGAAUGUGGAUUUGACCGAGUUCCAAACCAAUCUGGUUCCGUAUCCACGUAUCCACUUCCCAUUGGCCACUUACGCCCCGGUCAUCUCGGCUGAGAAAGCCUAUCACGAACAGUUGAGUGUGGCCGAGAUCACCAAUGCUUGUUUCGAACCGGCCAAUCAGAUGGUUAAAUGUGAUCCGCGCCACGGUAAAUACAUGGCUUGUUGUAUGCUGUAUCGUGGUGAUGUGGUCCCGAAAGAUGUGAAUGCGGCUAUCGCGACAAUCAAGACGAAACGGACCAUUCAGUUUGUGGACUGGUGUCCGACCGGAUUUAAGGUAGGCAUCAACUAUCAACCACCGACUGUGGUUCCCGGUGGUGAUUUGGCCAAAGUGCAACGUGCCGUGUGUAUGUUGAGCAACACGACCGCGAUUGCCGAGGCUUGGGCGCGUUUGGAUCACAAGUUCGAUUUGAUGUAUGCUAAGCGUGCAUUUGUGCACUGGUAUGUCGGUGAGGGUAUGGAAGAGGGUGAGUUCUCUGAAGCGCGUGAGGAUUUAGCCGCGUUGGAGAAGGAUUACGAAGAAGUUGGUGUGGACAGUGUGGACGGUGAAGGUGAGGGUGAGGAAGGCGAGGAAUAUUAG